CGGUGGGGUCUCAGCGUCCUCACUCUUGCACGCUCGGCUUUUCGGCCCCGAAUGGGGGCGGAGCCGGCGGCGGCGCGGGCGUGACGUCAUCACCAGGCGCCGCGCGCAGAGGGAGCCCUGACCUCGGGGCGCGCGGAGCUGCGGAGCAAUGUUGCGGCUGGUCCGGGCCGGGGCGCGGGCCUGGCUCCCGCCCACCCGCUGCCAGCGGCUGAGCGUGCUGGCGGAAGAGGCAGCGCAGCCACCGGAGAAGCCGGAGCCGGUGGCGAGCCCGGGUCCCCAGGCACCGGUGCUGCGAAAGUGCGAGCUCCCCGUGCCCUCACACCGGCGUCCGGUGCAGGCCUGGGUCGAGUCCCUGCGGGGCUUCGAGCAGGAGCGCGUAGGUCUGGCCGAGCUGCACCCCGACGUUUUCUCCACGGCGCCCAGGCUGGAUAUCCUGCACCAGGUCGCCAUCUGGCAGAAGAACUUCAAGAGAAUUAGCUAUGCCAAGACCAAGACUAGAGCUGAGGUGCGGGGCGGUGGCCGGAAGCCCUGGCCACAGAAAGGCAGUGGGCGUGCAAGGCAUGGCAGUAUCCGCUCCCCAAUCUGGAGAGGAGACUAUGGCCACAGCCCCUUCUGGCCCUGCCUCACAUCUCAUCUCUCCUGGCCCACAUCACACAACACUCAGAGGAUCUUCUUAAACCUCCCAGCUUCUGCCUUUGCGAGGUAUUGCCCAUGGCCCCCGGGGCCCCACAAGCUACUACUACAUGCUGCCCAUGAAGAUGCGGGUGCAAGGCCUCAGAGUGGCGCUGACCAUCAAGCUGGCUCAGACCUCUGUCCUUCCUCCCAUCAGGACAACCUGCACAUCGUGGACUCCCUGGAGAUGCCAACUGCAGACCCUCAGUACCUGACGGAGCUGGCCUGCUACCGCCGCUGGGGGGACUCCGUGCUGCUGGUGGACUUAGUGCACGAGGACAUGCCUCAGAACAUGGUGGCUGCCACAUCAGGGCUGAAGACCUUCAACCUGAUCCCAGCUGUGGGCUUGAACGUGCACAGCAUGCUGAAGCACCAGACACUGGUCCUGACCCUGCAGACUGUUGCCUUUCUGGAGGAGAAGUUGCUCUGGCAGGACUCACGCUACUCGCCCCUCUACCCCUUCCGCCUGCCCUACUGCGACUUCCCCUGAGCCCGCCCCUGCGCCCCAGGGCCCACCAGCUGCCUUCCUUCCUGCAGUGUCCAUGCCAGUGCUGCUGAGCCUCGCAGAGACCCCGGCGGCUGUGAGGGCAGCACUGCCCAGGCUCCCUCGUCCCAGUAGGAAGCUGAGGCCGGGAAGAGUGGUGGGGCAGGCCAGGCAGGCCACACGGUCAUGACCGGGAAGGGCAGCUCGGCAGAGAGCCCAGUCAAGCUCCCGUCCAAUUCUGUCUUCUGUUUUAAAGAUAAGCUUUAUUUUUUAAUUACAGAGGAGAAACAGAACAGCUCGUUGCCAUGUUGUGGAUAAUUCCAGCUGGCAAGUCGGGCUCUUUCCUCGGUGCUGGGCACCGCCAGUCCCUCUCCUCAAGGGGCGACCUCAGUGCUGUUUAUAGGAAUGGCUCGGAGUUAGCUUCCCUGGGUGAGAGCACUGCCCUUUCCUGGGAACCUGCUCCUGCCACGGCCUGGCUCUCGGGCGCCCGGACCCUGUUAGGAGAGCAGGCGUACAGGAAGCUGGGAGCGUGCCUGGGACAGCUAGUGCCGGGGGGAUGUGGUUGCUCACAGUGCUGUACACCUGUUUCCUAGCAGGCUCUGGGUCCCCUUUGUUAUGGUCCUUCGGUCCAAUGUGGGGCCUUGAUUCCACUAGUGGGUGCCAUGUGCGCUCCUGAUUUCCCCUGAGCUCAGAAUCAGAAUCACGGUGGUCAAUAAAUGAGAGAAUAAAUACAUUUUUUUAAAACACCAAA